AUGGCGAAGAGACGUGACGGGAAAACCCUUCCCAGUGAAGUUGUGAAAGUAGAAAAUCUCUUGCUAAACUUAAAACAAAGAACCAAAAGGAAAUUGGAAGAUUGUGAUCCAGGAGUGGAAUCUCAUUAUUCCUGGGACAGAGAUGCUUUCUUCCAAAGGGUGCAAACCUUCUCAAUUACCACAUGGUUUGGAAAGCCUGAAGGAUUAUCUCCCCUACAGUGUGCAAAGUAUGGCUGGAGAAACACAGAAUCAGACAUGCUGCAGUGUGGUGUAUGUCGUGCAGUGAUCUGUGCCACAUUACCUUUCAACUAUGACCCUAAAAUAUAUAAAACAUGUGUAAAAAAUUUAAUGGACAGAUUGAAGUCUGGUCAUGAACAGGCUUGCAAAUGGAGGUCAAAUCCCACUCCAGAUUCUGUACUUCAAAUUCCCAUGGACAAUAAAGAAGAGAUCAUAACAGAAUUCAACAAAAGACUGCAAAGCUUACUACCUUCUAGAAGUAAACUUCCUUACAUCAACAUGGCAACCAUAGAGUCUCAGGGAGUUACAAAUGCAACACUGACAGCACUUGCUGAGAACUUGAUUAAUGGUGCCAUUGGUAAAGGAAUAGAUGAUCUGGAAUUCAUAAGAAAAGCUUCUAUCAUCUCACUUUGUGGUUGGAAAAACAGGUCAGAUGAUGUGGAGGACAUCUUGUCUUGUGAUUUCUGCAGAAGAAACAUUGGUUUGUGGAAUUAUAAAUCUCCAUAUUGGCACCAGACUCAUGACACAUCUGAACAAGACACCACAGAAAAUUCUGAACAAGACACCACAGAACAUUCUGAUCAAACAGAAACUAUAGAAAGAGUUACAGAGAUUGACAAAACCGCUGAAGGAGUGCAAGACAGUUGUACAGACAGAGACAAUGAUAAUAAUGGACAUGAAAAUUCCGGUGAAAAUAAAAUAUCUGUCAGUGUGCAAGAAUCUAGUGCUGAAGUCAAUCAAACAGAAAGUGAAUCAAAUAUUGUUCAAAAUGGUGCUUUGGUGAAAGAUAAGGAAAAUAAAGACCAGGAUAGCUGCAAUGAGAAAAUAAAUGAAUCAAAGAUGGAGAUGCAUUCUGAUCAUACAGAGGAUAUGACAAAAACAGACAAUAAUGGUACAGAGGAUGCAUGUAUGAAUAAAGGAGACAGUGAUUGCAGUGAAGUGUCAAAACCUGAUGUUGAUAUUCAGAGUGCUAAAGACUCCACAGAUAUGGAGGCUUUACAAGCCAGGGACACGAAUGAUCUUGAUGGGGAUGACAGUGCAAAACCAUUUAAUUCUGAACUAGGUCAUGAUUCGAAAAAUGCAAUUGUUGACAAAGAGAAAGUUGAAAAUGGUGGCCAUAUCUCUGAAGGUGAAGCAAUUCAAGAUAGUGUUUCAGAAACAGUUACUGAGAGCACUGAGGGAAUGAAAUCUAGUCUUAAUGCAGAAUUGUCCAAUGAUAAUUCCAAAGAGGAGAAGGGAACCAAGGAAGAUAACUCUUCAAACACCACCCAGGAACAAACUGAUGAGCCUAAAUCCCCUGUGAGGCCCUCCAGCAGCACACAGAUAAACUGUACCUCUGACACUGAGGAGAGGCCCAGGAAGAGAGUGAAACUAGAAGAAAAAGACAGCUUUGAUCCUCUGGCAGAACAUCGAACAUGGUGUCCUUGGUUACAGAAAUCAUGUGACACAAGCCCUUGGAAACAGUCUGGCAGUGAUGGAAUGUUACCAUGGAGGAAAAUACUGUACAUAGUGUGUCCCAGUCUGAAGGAAGGAGGGGACGAAACAUCUCUCAGCUAUCAAUACAAACAGGUUUCCCCUGUUGCAGCUUUACAGAGAGUGUGCAGAAUUCUGAAUGACUGGACAAGAACAGAAUCAAAAAAUUAAUUCGGCUUUGUUUUUUGUAUAUGAACAUCAUCAAUAUGCCAGAUAUGUUACUCUGAAAUAUUACAGCACAGAAUUAAAAGAUGAAAAUAUGGAAUGUCCUCUACAGUAAAUCUACAUUUUUUCAUUUUUAAAGAUUUUUUUUUCCUUUGUCUGGUUGACAUUCAUCAUUGUUACAUCAAUAAAAUAAUUCCUGGUUUUUUUUGUGGUAUUUUGUCUGCAUAUUUUAUGCUAAUCUAUUUUUAUAAUCUUUUUCCUUCAGUCAUUCAGUCAGGGAAUAAAAGUUAUAGCAGCAGAAAUAGCUGCUUAUUAGUAUAUUGAUUUGUGUAUGCUGAUUGAAAGUAUCAUAUAUAAAAAUUCAUUCUUUUGUCUUGAAAUGAU